UUUUUUUUUUUUUUUUUUAAGAAGUGUCUUAUGCUCAUCAAGACUGAAUUUUAGUAAAAUACAGCAAAACAGUAAUAUUGUGAAAUAUUAAUUUAAAAGAAUGAUUUUAAUAUACUUCAAAAUUGUAUUAUUAUUAUUGAUAGGCAAAGUAAAUCAUAAACUUAGUUCUGUCAGGACCACUAUCGUCAAAGAUGACAAUUAGCAUACAAUUUGGAUUGGCGAUAUGGUUCUGUUCUGGGCAAGAACUCCCUGCACAUCCAUGCAGCCUAACAUGCAUAAGAGCAGGGAGAGCAUCAAUAACCCCCAGUGUAACAGAACAGAACCCACAUAAAUGUAUUGCAGAUAUCAUUAGGUUUAAUAAUUUAAUGUAACAUUUUGAAAUUAGUCUGAUUCAAGGAGAAUCAGAAGGCUGAAUUCUGACUGACAAGAGGAGUCGUCGGGGAUGGAGGUGGGUAAUUACCUAUUGAGCAAAGCUGGUGAUAGUUCUGAAGGAACUUAUAUAUAUAUAUAUGAGUGCUGUGAUAGGUGUCACAUCCCUAUACGUAGACGUGGAUCAGCUGAGAGUCUGAUGCUACUCUAUGAUAUAUCUGAUUUCAAGGGACACUUUGCUACAGUAUAUGUGAAAGUGACCUUGAGGAGUGUUACAGGGCGAACGAGACAUGAGACGUGCAGAUCCAUUUGCAAGGCUUUUAAUUAAGAGACGAGGUCAUAAACACAGACAGGGUCAAAACAUCAGCAAACAGGUAUAACACAGGCAAGACAAGAGUAAUCCUAGGGCAAGCAUUCGUCUUUGAUCGGCGAACAAUACCCAGAGGACUUGAGAAGAGGGGUAGUCCAAUAACGUGAGCAAAAGUCCAAACGAGGAGACAAGGGUUAAUCCAAGAUACACUGGCAGGAUAGAUAAACAUAGACAUAGAAAACACGGAAGGGCUCUGUAAAGCAGCUAUCACUGGGAGAGUGAUAUACGCUAGACAAUACUGGGACUGAACAGAAACACAGAAUGGCUCGGUAAGGCAGCUAACACUGGGGGAGUGCUAAACACAGAACAAUACUCAGCAACCUGACUGAGGAAGUCCAUGGCUUAAGUAAAGUGUGUGAUGGGAAUCAGCUGUGUGAUCAGUGCAAUCAGCUGUGUGUGUGUGGUCAGUGCAAUGGAUGAUGGGAAUUGUAGUGCAACAGUUAGUGUAGUGCAAUAGUCAAUGUGGUGAGCGAGUGACCUCUGGUGGUGAGUGAACGCAAGUUCAUAGGCCAGAUUCGUGACAAGGAGACUCUGACUUUUAAUAAAAUACCUGAGACACAAUGCAUGUCAGUGUAUAUUACAGAUGACAAAACAAUUACAAACUGUAGGCUCAAAAGGAAGAACCAAUCUUAUUAUUAGGUCUAUCAUUAGGAAGUUGUGAGUUGGCUUGUAUGGAAGCUUGAUUCAGCCACAGAAGAAACAAAUUAAAAAGAUUUUAUGGAAAUUCCUGGAGAGUGGUCAUCCGAGACAACAAUUCCAGCCCCCCAUUCCUAGACGUGAUACAGGAAAACAGACACAAACAAAUUCCUCUUCUGUAAUUUCUGCGCUUGACAUGGGGAUCAGUGAUGAGGAGUGGGAAAAACUACAGAAGGCUCUCGUCUGGCCUGGUCCAGACCAACUAAUCACUCAGCUGAAUCUGAGCACAAGUCCAGUCCACUCAACAUUCUCUAUUGUGGGACUCAAAAAGAGUUACAAAGUGGGAGAAAAGAUCUCCAUUAUUAUUACAGCAAGAGACCACAACAAGAACCUGAAAACAUAUGGUGGAGAUUUUUUCAAAGCAAAGCUUUUUGAUUCAAAGCUAAAGGCAAGUGUGUACGGGGAGGUUGUGGAUCAUCACAAUGGGACUUACUCAGUUGUUCUUCUUCUUCCCUGGGAAGGUCAGGCACAAGUUUUUGUACGUCUUGAGCACUCCAGUGAGGUUGUGCAGAUUCUUAAAAAAUACAGGGAUUCCUCAUUCCCACGUAGCCACUAUAAUGGACACUUUGAAGGAUCAGGACCCAAUAAAACCAGGAUCAGUGAAGUAGUAGAAUGUAAUCUUAAGUGGGGUGCAGAAGGAAGUUGGAGGAAAGGCAGCUGCUGCUGUGAGUAUAAGGAUAUAAAAACAGGAACAGUGUGGCAGUGUGAGAGACCUAAGAAACUUUCCUGUGACAAACUGGUUCAUCAUUCAUUGGGAGCUUUGGAAAACCCAUUAAAUCCUGAUGAAAAGCAGAUUUUCACAAAGAAAUUAACAAAUGUUGCUAUUACUGGUGACACACAAGUCAUAAAUGUCCUUCCCAACACUGCAGACAAUGGCACAAUGGAGAAAUGCAGAUCUGGACUGACAACACCAGUUCCUGCAGGGUUCUAUUUCAAAGAUGUUUGGAAGUCUUUUGUAUGCAACACUCAACAGUUCAAUUCUACACAAAUUGGAAAUUGCCUUAAAAACAAGAUCGUCUACUUGUUGGGAGACUCCACCACAAGGCAGUGGUUUGAAUAUUUAGAAAAAAAUGUGCCAGGCAUAAAAAGAAUGGACCUCCACACUCCUCCUACAGGUGGACCCCUGAUGGCUGUGGAGUUGAAAAAUAAUAUUAUUAUUCACUGGAGGCCACACGGUGUUCCUUUGCGAUUUACUAAAAUGCUCAUUACCGACCUGCAUUAUAUCGCCAAUGAUAUUGAUGAAAUAGCUGGUGGUUCUCAUGCAGUUGUUGUCUUCACAAUCUUUGCCCACCUGGUGUUUCACCCAAUAACAUUUUAUGUUCAUGAAGUGGCCAAAAUCCGUCAGUCUGUUGUAGCGCUGCUGAGUCGUGCACCACAGACUACUGUCAUCAUCAAGUCUGGAAACACUGCAGGAGUAAAGGACAUAUUUCAAAGUGACUGGUAUGCAAUGCAGCUGAACACAGUAAUGCAAAAGAUGUUCAAAGAUAUUCAUGGAGUAAUCUACUUAGAUGUCUGGCAGAUGACUUCUUGUCACUAUCUACUUGAAGAUGUUCACCCAGGUGCUGUUAUCAUUGCUAAUGAGAUCAACAUGUUGCUCUCAUAUGUCUGUCCUACCUGACACAAUUAAAUACGUUGCUUUCUCUUAAAACGUAGCACCUUUACCUGUAUAAUCUCAACAUUUAUAAUCUAAUUGUAUUUGUUUUAUUUAAAUUUGAAUUCAAAUUUUUUAAACUGUAGACCAUGGUGUCACGAAUCCGGCCUAUGAACUUCUGUUCACCCACCACCAGAGGUCACUCGCUCACCACAUUGACUCUUGCACUACACUACUGUUGCACAGCACCCACGGACUACAUUACCCAUCAUCCAUUGCACUGACGACACACACGCACACACAGCUGAUUGCACUGAUCACACAGCUGAUUGCACUAAUUACGCAUCCUACAUAAACCAUGGACUUCCUCUUCCUCUUUGACGAGUAUUGAUCUGCACAUAGCUCUCUUCAAACGCUAGCUGCCUUACCGUGCCAUUCCGUGUUUCUGUUUAGUUCCUGUAUUGUCCUGCGUUUAUCACUCCCCAAGUGUUCGCUGCUAUACGGAACGUUUUUUUGUUUUCUAGUCUGUGUUCCCUGUAUUUACCCCUGUCUCACUGUUCGGACUCUGUUUAUUCCCCUGCCUGGAUUAUUGCUGUGUACCCGGAUUUACUCUCUUUGCCUUGCCCUGUUGGAUACUGUUCGACCGUCAAUCGUCGACCCACGCUUGUCCUAGGAUUACUCUUUCUUAUCCCUGCCAUACUUGUUUGCCAUUGUUUGACCCUGCCUGUAUUUAUGACCAUGCCUUUAAAUAAAAGCUUGCA